AUGAAUGCUUGGGAAUGUAGAGACCAGGCCGAACAGGCCGAGGCAUAUUAUAACCAUCCACUUCGUGUCAGAAACCAGCAACUGGAGGAUGAGAACCUUCUUUUGAAGCGCAUGUUGCGCGAGAAUGGCUGCUCAUGGCCCAGUCCCUACGCCACGUUGCAGCAACGCGCUUCUUCACGCAACACUCGCUCAUCAAUUUCCACCACAUUACCCCACCUGCCCACGGAAAUUGUCUUGAAGGUGCUGUCUUUUGCCAUGACAAGCUCCUUUCCUAUCAUUGACCCUCUAUGCAAGACCAGGAGGGAGCAUGGAACGGAAAUCGAACUCAGAAGGAAGAACCAGAUCGCUAUCCACUUCCUAGCCGCCUCCAAGGCCUGUAACACCGAAGGCAAGAAAUUUCUAUGGGCCAACAAUCGAUUCACCUUUACGACUGUUCAGGCUGUAAAAACUUUCGCUGAAAUCGAUCUCGCCCUGCGAGAACAGAUCCACGAGGCCAAUUUUCGAAUCAUUGCGCGCUUCUAUGAUGAUGAAAACCGUGUUCAUAAGUUAUCGCGCGAUUAUCAUUCCACUACCAGCAAGAGGUCGAUCAGACUCCGUGUUAACAAACGAGCAAAGGAGCCAACACUCGCUCGCCGCGGCUUCAGAUCAUAUGCUUGGCUGCAGUUGGUCGACUUCCUAGAGGCGCUCCUUCCUCCUCAUGACCCAAAACACGACAACGCACUGCCCCGCAAGCGGUUGCUGCCGAACUUGAGGAAGCUGCGAUUGGACCUUGUCAACUUCGCGGAAGAUAUGUGGCAAUUUCCCACGGCACAGCUCCACGACGUUGCUGCCCACCAUCUUGGCUGCUGCUUGGAUCAGGUCAUCGUGACUGGAUUACCCCGCGAUGAUGUGGGCAUUCGUGCAGUCAACGAUCUGCAAGGACUAUUGAAAGACGACGGCCUAUUUAUCGACCAUGAUGCCGCUUUCUUGGCACAGGCACGGGGCUCUUUGAAGACUUUGCCUGGAAACCAUAUGCACCUUCGUGUUGUUCGGGCUAUGCGACCGGCCAUCGGCGUCAAACACCACCACCACGAUGAUCAUCCCACAUUCUUUGAUGACUUCCCACCGGCACCUGCCGAUCCCGGCGAGCCCCCAGUCUCCGAAUAUCAAUCUUGCCGAACGAUGUGGAAGAAGGUACCCAAGCAUAUCGAUCACCCCGAACAGACCAAGUGGGUCAUGUUCGACAGAGUGAGUGGCUUUCCUUGGGACGACGUCGAGGACGAAAUUCUGAUGGAGGACGAGUAUCACGAGUUUGAGAUGGACGAUUUCUCCGACUUUGGAGAUGUUAUGGUGUGCGAGAACUGUGGUGACAUACACGCCGGCCCAAUCCGUGCUGAGAUGAUGGAUGAUUUGUACGACGACUUCUAA